AUGACCACCACCCCCACCGACACCACUAUCACCACCACUACCCCUCUCGGUGCAACUACCACUAUCACCGUCACGACACAGACAAGCACCACUACGCGGAUAUACAUUGUCGCGGGAUCUAUGUGGUUCGAAAGCACGGGCAUUCAAGAGCAGGUGGAAAGUGCGUCAGUGAAUGCACUUGCUUCACAGAAGGGUGUGCCCGAAAGUGCUGUGUUCUGUGUUGCCUCGCUUUUCACAGACAGCUCGCGACGGCUCAUGUCGAACCGGGAGCUCACCAGCUCAGUCACGCAUUGGCAGGUCGAUUGGAAGAUAGUUGCAAGUGCAUCUCCCGCCUUUUCGGCAUACGACGUAACGACAGAGCUGCAUCAGCAUGUAAACGCGACCUCAGGAGAGAACUUGGAGUCGAUUGAGACGUUUUAUAGCCUCAUGGAGCUCGCCAUGUCAUCUCGGGGCCUGACACUCGUGUCAAAUUCCAGUGUCCUCGUGCACGCAGAGCCCACGAUAAUGGAAAUCACCGCCACCCAGACGACAUCAACGACGGCAACGCCAUUCGCAGUGGGCCUCCUUGCCGACACGGAGAAAACGGCGAGCAUUGAUUUUGUCAUUAUGGGCAUCAUAGUUGGCGCGAUACUUGUUUUGUGCUGUUGCAUUCAAUUGUUAUGUCGCUGGCAACGGAAGUCUGAAGAGGACUUGGAGGCUGUGUCGCGAAAUGACCUCGAGCAGGGGACGCCCGAGGACAUACUAUGGGUCGCGCCUGGAGCGUCCCAAAGGAUCGAGUCGCAGAGCGGCGGACCCAAGCAGGCGCGCAGCCUGUCACGCGGUGAAUCGGCCGGAGCGUCCUCGAGGAGCGAGAUCGGAGCAUCGCCACGGAGCAGCAUUUCGUCAACAGGUAUGCGAUCGAGUAGGUCAGGCGGAACUUUGUCACGCAGUCCGUCGGCUGCCUCAGCCAGGUCUGGUGACGCCGGGCUGGCUCGCAGCUGGUCUCGCGGUCAGGCCUCAGGGCUUUCGAUUUAG